AUGCCUACCGAUCCUUGUUCCACGCCCUCAUUCUCCAUCAUGUCCCUAGGACCGGAGACCAUGCUCGAGAUAUUCGACCUCUUGUUCACAUACGCAGAGAAGCCCUAUAACUCCACGGCGUAUACUCCUCAACCUCUUCCCCUUUGCUACCGCCUGUUCAUCCCUCUUAACUACUCCAUCCCUCAGUCUGUCAUGACAGUCUACUUGAACGUGGUUAGUCUGCAAAAGGUGGUCAACGUCCAUAUUGCCUAUGUCAACAAGGGCGAAGCAGUCGAAGCUUGCAAGGAAAAUGCCCGUUUUGACAUUUUGAUGAACUGUCUAGGCGCCCAUCUCCGGAGGUGCAGAACCAUCUCUAUCCAUACCCGCUAUCACUCGUCCAUCUUGGUCGCUACCAAACGUCUUGACACCCUUGUCCUUCCGCAACUCUUUGAACUGUCUCUGGUUUCCUACGUUACAGACACGAUCGCAGACGCAGGGUUUACGGCGCUCGAAUGUCCAAGCAUCGCCUCCCUCUCUGUAGACGCCCAAACACUUGUCAAUCUCGUGGGUUGUCUGAAGAAGCUUCCAAACCCAGAGAAAGAGCUUGACAAAAUUCACGUCACACGCUACUGUCCGCACAACGGAACCUCGCGCUUGUCGCCGUCCUCCCUCAUUUCCGCUAUCUCUCAGCUCAUGCACGGCCACGAGGGAAUCUUUUUGCUCUGCAUCGACAAUGUGACCUUUGGCGAGACCAGUGUUUGGUAUUCAGGCCCUGAUUUGGGGAUAAUAUCGUAUAUUCAGAUUAGCGACCAAGAUACAGAAUUUCUCCAUCCCUUCUUCUCAGCUCUCGAUCCUCCGUGGGAGGCCGAGGACGCUGGGAGCGUCACACUCACGCGUUGCACCCUUCUCUACCCCGUCGAAAUCUGCCUCACUCCCGAGAUCAUGUUGAGGGAGAUAGGCGACAGCGACUCAAUCCUGAACGUGCUGAGGGGUUGGGACGGAUUCACGCCAAGUCUGAGGCUGGAUGAUUGCUCGGGGCUAGAUGACGACGUCCUGGAGACGCUUGUCGACGAAGAUCUAUGUCCGAACACUUCGCGUUUUGAUAUACAUGGCUGUCCGGGCCUGUCAGUAGACGCCUUGCAGUCAUUUGCGUCUUCCAGGGUAGACGGGGGGAGAUUUGAGGAGCUGCACGUAUCGGGAGGGCCAGUGCUGAGCGAAGAGGAGAAGCAGUGGUUUUGA